AUGACCUGGUUCGAAUGCUGUCCGUCCGAAGAUCAAAAACUAUCAUACACCAUGUGUGUGAUGCGGUAUCUGGAAGCGAUCGUUGAUGCAUCAGUUGUUUGCGCGUCAUGUAGCAACUCCUUCAAGAAGGGAAGUCCCGUUCCUGAGAACUGCUUCAAGUACGUCAACACGUCAGUCACCUGCGCCAAAAGCUGUACGGCCAAGUUGAAAGUGUUUGGGAAGAAGGAUUCUUUCUACAAUGUUAUCGAUAGAGUAAAGUCGGUGACCAUUGAAAAACAAUGCAGCCCUGCUGGAAGUCAACAAAGAGUUCUCUUCAAAGAUAUGGGUAGAUACGGGGUGUUCGAAAUUUUGAGCCAACAAAAUUUUGGAAACCGCGUGAAGUUUUCAGAUUUUGCGACAAAUUUCAGCUUUUUUCAACCUCUGCCUCCGUUCGUACGACAUUUUAAGAAUUGGGAUAGAGUAGUGUGUAAAUAA